AUGGGUUCCCGCGCCAAGUGGGAUCCUUUCGUUGACGGCAUUCUCGAGAUACGGGUCCGGAACUGGCUCGAGGCAGUGUUGAAAGAGAAGCUACCGCCUGAUACCGCCCUGGCGGAUAUUCUUUCAGACGGCAUGAUCCUGUCACGGUUGACUGAGAUCCUCUCGCCGUUCGCACCUAAGGGUGCUGGGAUCAACCAACGGCAUCAGCAGCAGCAACAGCAGCAACAGGGAUGGGGCACGAAGAUCAAGUGGGAUGCAAUGACAUUCACUGAUAACUUUCUCACGAUGUGCAAGGCGUUUGGGCUGAGCGCCAUCGAUCUGUUCACAUCAACAGACGUGGUGGAGAAGAAGGGCACCAAACGCGUGUGCCUCUGCAUCCGCGCCCUCGCCCUCAAGCUCAGAGCGGCCGGCAUCCUGGCGAUAGACUUUGAGCCGGCGUCGGCAGCAGCAGCAGUGAGUGUGGCGAAGCGCAUGCCAGCAGAGGGGGGUGUGGUGGACCGCGCAGUGAGGGAGUUCAUGGGGCCCAACUACAGGCGCGGGUGGGGUAGGGAGGACGUGCCUGCCAGCCGAUCAGGCUCGGAGAACAGCUUUGAUAUAACUGGCUGGGGCAGCGCUGCAGCUGGUGCUGCUGGUGAUGGUAGCACUGAUGGUGUUAAUGGUGUCAGUGGUGGUGGUGAUGGUGAUGGUGUUGCUGCUGAUAGCAAGGCAGGGGGCCAAGAAGCGAAGCAGAUGGAGAAUGGGAAGGGCAGGGGGAAAGUGUCAAGCCUCGUCAGCAAAGGCUUUAGCUCUGUCUCUAACGAAGCAGAACCAAAACCAAAAAGCGUCCCAGAUGUUCCUCCUGUCUCAAGACUGGACCCUCACAUGGUUUGGCCUCCCCCCUCCGACCGCCUGGCAGUCUCAGCGGAAGCAGCAGGCAGCUUCUAUGCCAGCUUGGAUGCUUCUCGUGAUCCGUCGUUCGAUGCGGUUACCACGUCGGCUGGAGCAACCUCCUCUCUCACGGACGUUUCGGCAGGUGUUACAACAGUUUGUCAUACGGAAGGGGAGGAGGAUUUGGAAUCUGAUUAUUCAUCCUGCCCGUCUUCGCCCCGGGCAGCGCCACAUGCCCCGUGGAGAGCUAUUGUCGGAGGGGCGAUAGCCUUUGUGGCUGUGAUGCUGCUGUUCCGACCAUCCAGGAUUCGAGGCGGGCGGGCAGGAAAUCCCCUCCGCGAUCCACCCAUGGCUGCCCAUCGUUUCGAAGCAGGCGGACAGGAAACCCCCUCCACGGUGCAACCAUGGCUGCCUAUUGGCUCAGAGCCCCACGUGCUGCUAAGCACGGAGCGCUGCUCGCCCUUCCCCCGCAACCCCAUCGCCCUGCGCAUUGACAUCCGCUGUGCGCCACCGCCAUCCCCUGGUGGGGGCAACCCCACGCCUGAAGCAGCGAGCACGGGCGAGCAGCACUUGGAGCUCCCCUCGCAACGAGACGAGGGGCAGCAUGAGACGGGAGCACUUGGGGCUGUGGGCUGGGAACCCGCCCUGGGACGGGGGGCUGCUGUCCGCCAGCUCUCUGCUUCACGUGGGCUCACCCACGGGGAGGGACAGCCCGGGCGUGUGGUGGAAUCCCCUCCUUUGCCUGGGGAUUCCACCACACGCCCUCCUUUGCCUGGGGAUUCCACCACACGCCCGGGCAGCCCCUCCCAAUUGGCUGCCGCUGGGGUGGGCGUGUGGGCGGCUGUGAGGCAGUGGCUAGGGGGGUGGCUGGGGGUGAGGCUCGCGGAUGGAGAUUCCCGGGGAGAACUGGCAGGGCGGGGCGUUGGUGGUGGUGGCAAGGGGAGGGAGGGGCACGGAGAGGGGCGGGAGGAGGGAGAGGAGGGAGAGGAGGGAGAGGAGGGAGAGGAGGGGCGGGCGUGUGAGGAUGGUGUGGGGGUGCUCAAUCCCAGCUACUGGGGCAUGGUGAGGGGUCAUCAUGCUCCUCUCAUCGUCCCAUCAUGCCCCAUCAUGCCAUCAUGCCCCAUCCUCCCAGCAUCCCACCAUUCCACCUGCAAUGGAGCAAUCAGAAUACCCUUCGACAUGCACAGCAUACAGCGAGGCCAUCCAUACAACAUCAUCCUGCACGCACGUGCCUCGGCCCCCCUCUCCCUCCGCCUCUCCUUCCUCUGCUCGCCCGCCCUCCUCCCCUCUCGCCCCCUCUCUUCCGUUCCCACUGUUGGGUCAGCCCAUAUCAGCCUCAACCAAUCCAUGGCUGCCACGUGGCACCGCUACGAAGCCACCAUCUUUGCAACCGGCACGUGCCACAAUGCCUCGCUGGCCAUCACCACUGGCAGCAUGACACGUGGCACUCUGUGGCUGGACCAGAUAUCAGCCAUGCCAACAGAAACAUUCAAGUCUCACGGCAUGCGGGUGGAUAUAGCCACCAUGCUCCAGGGCCUCUCCCCUGGCUUCAUGCGAUUCCCAGGCGGCUGCUAUGUGGAGGGCGUGCGGCUGGCCAAUGCGUUCCGCUGGCGCGCCACCAUCGGCCCUUGGGAACUCCGCCCCGGGCACUUUAAUGACCGGUGGGGCUAUUGGUCGGACGACGGGUUGGGCUUCUUUGAGUAUCUUCAGUUUGCAGAGGACCUUGGCGCCACGCCCAUCUGGGUGUUUAAUAGCGGCAACAGCCACACGGACAGCGUGUUCACAGGCGCCCUCGCUCCUUUCAUUCAGGAGGUGCUUGACGGAAUCGAGUUCGCACGAGGGCCGUCGGAUUCGCGGUGGGGAGCGGAGAGGGCGGCUAUGGGCCAUCCUGAACCGUUUGAUCUGCGGCAUGUGGGCAUCGGGAAUGAGAACUGCUACCAGGAAAACUACCGAGGCAACUUCCUUCGUUUCCGGGCGGCAAUCAAGGCGGCAUAUCCCGACAUGGCAGUGGUGUACACGUGUGACAUCAGCAAGGGGCCUCCUGACCACCCUCCCACCGACCUCUACGAUUUCCAUUCCUACGGUACAGCAGAGGGGAUCUUCAGCUUGGGUCAUUACUUUGAUGACAUCAGCAGGGAUGGACCCAAGGCCUUUCUGAGCGAGUUCGCAGUGCAAGGGGGGGGAGGGGAUGGCAACGUGCGGGCAGCAGUGGCAGAAGCGGGGUUCCUCAUUGGGCUGGAGAGGAACAGUGACGUGGUGGCAAUGGUCAGCUAUGCGCCCUUGCUGGUCAACGUGCAUGACAGGAGCUGGACGCCUGACCUCAUAACCUUUGACUCACACCGCCUGUACUGCACGCCCAGCUACUGGCUUCACCGCAUGUUCCAACGCUCCAGGGGAGGCUCGCUGCUGCCCUCCCGCCUCUCCCUCUCCUCUUCUUACUCCUCCCCCUCCUCCUCCUCCUCCUCCUCCUCCUCCUCCUCCUCCUCCUCCUCCUCCUCCUCCUCCUCCUCCUCCUCCCCCCCAUCCUCCUCCCCCUCCUCCUCCGCCUCCUCCCCAGUUUCAAAUGCCCUUCUCUUGAAUCGGAACUCUACCAGUCACGAUGCACCUUCCCCAGAUGUCACCUCCACCCCCCGGGGUGCUGAGGGUGGUGCUGCUGAUGUGCAUGCUGCAAGGCGGUUUGAAGCAUCGGCUGUUCGAAUCAGAAGAGAUGGCAAUUCAGUGGCGGCAGCUAUUCUCGUGAAGGCAGCCAACUUCCAGCCAUCCGCAGUGACCCUACAUGUAGACCUGCAGGGCAUAGCAGCCUCAGGCCCAGUGCUGCUCACUCGCCUCUCCAGCCCCUCGGGGAACCCCGAUGAUGGAAACUCUCUAGAGGACCCGGUUAAGGUUUCUCCCAUUGUGGAUGUGCCAAAUGCUACCACACUAAAAUACCUGAUACCGUCGAUGUCAGCAUUUACGGUUGAGCUCCCUAUUGUGGACCUCUAG